AUGAACAGGCGUUUUAAGAGCAAUGCAGAGGUAAAAAGAAUUCAGGCUCUCAAGGCAUUGUUCAAGAAAGUUGUUCGCAUGGUGAGUCUAAAUGAUCCGUGGAAGGAAAGCGAUGACGAUCCAAGGAUUUCUUCAAGCGUCAUGAGAAGCAUAUCAAAUCGAGUUCGAGCCAAGCGCAAAGCGGGCUUUCUCACUGCAGCGGACAAAUCUUUAAUUCGAACACCGCACGUGGUACGUACAAUUCCGGAAAGAAUGAAAUUGUGUAAGAUGUUUGCAAGGUUCAGAUGCCUGGCUCGUUUUGCUCCAAAACUCCGAGCCCGCUUAGUUCCUGUGGUUCGCUUCAUGCCCGUUGAUGCAGGCCGCAAAAUCAUGAGACAAUCGGAUGUUCCCAUAACCGUGUUUUUUGUAAUAUCAGGAGAAAUACAUAUGUAUCGAAACGAAGACAAAAAGGUAAUGACCUGAAAUUAGUUAGCAAAUGGCUAUCCUAUUGGUUUGUUUUUAAAGGUGGUUCAGGGCGUUUUGGGUCCUGGCGAUAUGAUGGGAGAUGUGGAGCUACUGGAAGGCAUCAAGCGAACCCACACCUUCAAAGCAGCAACCUACUGCGAACUGCUGGUGCUAUUCGACUAUGACUUUGCGCCGAUUCUCGGGCCCUACAUGACGAAGAUUUGGGACGAGAAGAAAAGGGCCCUCAAGGCACUGGACUACUUUGAUUUUCUCGACGAUGACCAGAUCGUGGAAGCCUGCCGAUUCGGAAGGCUAAAGCAGUUUGAGCCAUUGGAUACCAUAUUCUGCGAUGAUAUAGGGUCAAUGACAAAUGUCCAUUUCGUGGUCAGCGGAGAAUGUCUGAUACUCCAGUGCCUGAACAUAAGGGUUAGUCAGAAAAAAAAGAAAAAGUUCUUUGAACUUCUGCCAACGACCGAAGGUGAUGUGUCCAGUAUGUUCAGACAAGGCGUGAGAUCCACCUUUUCUAGCCCAAGUAAAUCCGAAAAUGUCUCAAAAAUAAAUCUUCUUGAUCUUGUGGAUAGUUCCAGUAGCAGUACCAAGGAAAAUGGACAGGCUAAUACACUUAAUCGUACGAUGCGUAAAAUGCAAUUAAAAGAUAUACAGAAGGCUUGCGGUCUAAUUAAAUCAAUGCAUCAGCCCAAACCGCGUUUUACAUGGCGCCGUUCUGCUAAUCGAAAAUCGUCGACUUCUGUAUUUACUGAAACCGGAAAUGAUUUAAUCAGUGAAGAAGAGAAUGAAGGUUAUUGGGAAAUUUUUGAGGAUGAAAAUGAGGUUGAAACAAGUUCGUCUCACUCCGACGAUUCGGACUCAGAGGGCAAACAAACUGCUCCUAUGUUUAAUAGUAUUGUAGAAAAAAGUGCUCCCAAUGAAAGUGGUGUUAAUUCAUCGUCACUUUCCAGUUCGACCUCGAGCAGUGAAUAUUCAUCCGCAUCUGUUUUCGAAAGUCAUUUCAUCGAUGUUGGUACCAUAACUUUUGGAGGAAUUUUCGGCUUGGGCGAAAAAAUGGAACACCGAGUGAUAAUGGCAAGGACCACGGUUCAGUGUCUAACACUUCCAAGAUUUUUCCUUCUGGAGAAGAAACAAAAUCCAGGAAAUAUUUGGGAGCGCAGGCUGUUGUACAUGGAGUGCAUGAUUCCAUCGAGGGAGGCGCUAUUCACUCAUUAUCUCAAAACUCGAGACUGGAAAAAAUUCAAAAAUGACUUUAUCCGCGAGACUUGGAAGCCAACCGAUAAUGACAACACACAUGCUGACGAUAUUCCAAUCAUUUGUAGAAUCGUGGAAUCAUCUGAGGAUGUUAACUAA